AUGAAGUCCCACGUCUGCCACUGGCCCGACUGCGGCAAGAGUUUCACGCGUGCUGAACAUCUGCGACGCCAUGCUCUGAACCACGAGCAAGCCCGCCAGGGCUACGUCUGCGAGCGAUGCUCGGUGCAUUUUCAUCGCCCGGAUCUUCUCAGUCGCCAUCUCCUACGCCAUGCCAAGCGGGAUGAAGAAGCUGGAGGACCAGGGCUGGGAGUGCUGGAGACGCGCAAGAGGACGCGCCGGGCUGAUAAUGGUAAUAUCGUUGUCCGCCCGCCGAAACGACAGUCUCGGGGCAGCGCUCUUAGAAACCAUAUGCCCGAGUGCUCUGCUUCGGAGUCAGUCGCUUCGAUGGAGCUGUCAUCGGCCUCCUCGUGUGCAUUGUCUGUUACCAGCUCUCACGAGUCGGACCCAAUCCCCGGGGCGCCCGUAUCACCGCCUCGCUCGACGAGUGAUCCGACGACGCUGUCCUUGGAAGAUACAGAUCCGCUGCUAGCGCCCAUGCUUCCCAAUGGACCCUUCGAGCCGUACGUUGAGCCUAUACCGGGACAGUUCGAUGCAGCCGAUGGAUCUUGGAGCUUUGACCAAGGAUCGAUCGAGGAUUUCUUCAACCUCGAUACAGCGACCGAUUUUAACAUGCCGUUUGCCGCGACGAACAACUACAACUGGCUGUUUGACGUGGCUUCUCUGAACGACGCUUUCCCUCCCCUCGAUAUACCGUUAGAACCAGACUUGCUGGCCUGGACCGUUCCAGACCCCGAUCCAUCUGCCGUUCUGCUGCAGGCAGCCUCGUUUGUCGAGCGCAGCCCGGAUACCUCCCUUGACUGGCUGUGUGGACUGGACACAACCACAGACAACCCUCCAGCACCUCAGCUCCCAUGUCUCUCAGAUGAGGCUCGUCAAGGUCUACUCGACUUGGUGGCUCGUAAUCCACCGUCGGGAUUGGAUGGCAAACCCACGCCCCUCGACUCGGCCCUGCUCUCUCUGUCAGCGCUCCAGCAGUACUGCGAUCUCUUCUUCACGCGGUUCAAUGCGACCUAUCCACUGAUCCACGCGCCCACCUUCGAUCCCAACACAGUUGACCCCAUUCUCCUGGGCGCGAUCCUCUCGAUGGGUGCCACCUACAGCAGCCGCGAGGCUCACCAGCUGGCCGUGGGGAUCCAUGAUUUCUUGCGACCGCAGCUCUUCUGCCAUCUCGAUUUCUCACCACAACCGCCCUUAUGGACUCUGCAAGCGAUGUUGUUGAUCGACUGCUUCGGCAAAAUGCGGGCAGGCCCCAGGCAACGCGAACGAGCGCAGCUCUUCCACUGCGUGCUGAUUAAGCUCAUUCGGCGCAGCACCUGUUGCACGAUCCGCUCGACCGCGUCCCCCGCGUUAUCCGACGAGGACCUCGCGAACAGCUGGCACCAAGCCAUGGAGGCGGAGCAGCGGAAGCGACUAGCCAUGCACUGCUUCAUGUGGGAUGUGCAGCAUGCGGUUCUCUUCUCGCAAUCACUUUGCAUGUCCGCUUUCGAGAUCCGUGCCGCUUUACCCUGCGCGUCGGCGCUCUGGAACGCUCCGACCGCAGACGCCUGGGCUAGAAGCUUUGCCUCGAGCCCCGAAUCCGAGCCCCUGUUUCUGACCGUCUUGAAAGGCUAUAUCACGCCCGCCGCGGUUCCGCGACCGCGACAAUUGAACCCGCUCGCGCGACUGGUGGUUCUGCACGGCCUGAUGUCCGUGUCGGCGGAUCUCAAACGUCGGGAUCAAACGACCCUGCGCGGCGAGGAUCCGGAUCGCGUGGGAAGCUGGACCCGUCGCAUGGGCCGUUCGUACGAGUUAUGGAAGGCAGAUUUUGAUGCGCACGGGCUGGCGAUGAAGCUGGGCGAGAGUCAACUCGGGUCGUCGGACAGCGCGGGAGUCUUCCACAGCGCGGCGCUGGUGCUGUAUCGCGCAGCGCAACUAGCGCUUCAGGCGGAAGUGCUGGAUCUCCAGAUCGGCGCGGGCGCGACUAGUAUUCUUGGUCGGACGGUCACGCAGACUGAUCGCGACCGGUCGGCUCGGGCGUUGAGCCACUGGGUGCGCUCGGAGUCUGCGAUGCAAGCGGCGAAACAGGCGGCGUGGAUGGUUCGGGAGGCUGUUUCCGGCCGUCAGGGCAAUUGGGAGGCCAUGGACGCGUUCCACUUCCCGUGGUGUUUGUACCUAGGAACUUUGGCCUGUUGGGCUGUGCAUGGAGGAGGAGUGCACGAAUUUGGAGGGCAGCGGGUGAGUCUCGAUCUGGCAAGUCUGCUCGUGUCUUUGACCGGAGAGCGAGUCAACGAGGGGCCCCGAUAUAAGUAUGAUAUGCGUGGGUUGAUUCGGUCAAUGGCACAGCAAUUGGCCACAGUUCGCUGGACGGUGGUGCAUGAGGCGAUGAAGGUGCUGACAGGGUUGGUGGAGGGAUAG